UGAGUUGCAGAACCGUGCAGUAGACUGCCUGAAAGCUUUAUGAUCCUGCGUCCGAGCCCACAGCGGCUCUGUAACAGCCGGCAGUGUAGCGCAUGUUGCAGGGUCGGCGCCCUGCAUGUGUGAACAACGGCAUCGCAUAUCGUCUGACAACGUCAGUCAGAACUUGCUCCCCCGUAUUGAGGAGGUGAGAUGGUUGCCAUCCGCUUGUUGGGAACACCAAGCAAGGAGCCGAAGGCGCAGACACCUCGCUUACUCUAAGAGGCCGCGCCCAUCGAAACUGAGUGUACUCUAGGCUGUAGUAGGGGCACACAUUGACAGUCGAGUGGCGCCCUCCUUGCUAUCACGC